AUGAAGACCGUUUUCAAAUCAUCUCUUUUGCUUGCAGCUCUUCUUGCCGGAAGCGAGGCUCGUUCUGCCCCUUUCGGAAUCAAGAACCAAGUUGCUUCGUUGAAGGAAAACAGCCUUCCCAACGUUGCUGCAGAUGUCAACAAGCAUUCCUCUUGGGAAACCGUUCCCCGUGGUGGUGCCGAUGUCGUUUCCAUUGCAUCGGAUGCCAUCUCUGGUCUUAAGAAAUACAUGGGUGGAGCCAAGGCCGAUACCCUUUUGCUGUUGUUGACCACUGCCUUGAACACCCCUAUCUGCCAGGCCCUCAAGACCUCGCCAAUCCUUGGAUUUUUGGCUCUUGGAGUUCUCUUUGGUCCCAAUGGAUACUCUUUGAUUAGCGAUGUGCACAAGACCGAAAUGAUGGCCGAUAUUGGAAUUGUCUUCUUCCUUUUCGAGAUGGGUAUUCACCUUGAUUUCAAGACAUUGAUGAACAUGAGAAAGGAUGUCUUUGGACUUGGUGGAAGUCAAUUCAUGGUCACUGCUAUUGCCGUCGCAGUCGUUGCCAAGCUCUGCGGUCUUUCUACUGCAGCCCAAGUGGUUCUUGGUGGAGGUCUGGCUCUUUCAAGUUCUGCCUUUGUUCUGCAAUUGCUCAAGGACAAGAAUCAACUCGAAACUACCUUCGGAAAGAAAUCUUUCGGAGUUCUUUUGCUUCAAGAUUUGGCUGUUGUCCCUCUUCUUGUCGUCACCCCUAUCCUUGCUGGAAGUGGAAGUGGAUUGGGUGAGGCUUUGGCAUCGGCCGGAUUGAAGGCUGCCAUGGCUCUUUCUACCAUUGGUAUCGCUGGAAAGUUCUUGUUGAAACCAUUCUUCAAGGCCGUUGCAGGAACAAAGAGCCAAGAAGCCUUUGUUGGAGCCAUCCUCUUCACCGUCCUUGGUAUGUCUUUCUUGACCGAAGGACUUGGGCUUUCCAAUACUCUUGGAGCAUUCCUUGCUGGUGUCUUGCUUUCUGAGACCCCACACAGACAUGCUAUCGAGAAGGAGAUCUCCGUCUUCCGCGGAAUUUUGGUUGGGCUUUUCUUCUUCACUGUUGGAUUCGAGAUCGAUCUUCAAUUGAUUGCCAACAAGGCUCCCCUUGUUGCUGGAAUCGUUGCUGGAAUUGUCGCGUUGAAGGCAGUCAUCGCCAGCGGCGUUGCUAUGGCAUUCGGGCUUGAUAAGUCAAUUGCCCAACAAGUUGGAUUGAUUCUUGCUCAAGGUGGAGAAUUUGCCUUCGUUGCUUUCCGUCUUGCCCGCAGCCACGGAAUUUUCGACGGCGAAUUGACCAAACUUCUAUUGACUUGCGUCAGUCUAACCAUGGGUGUUACGCCAUUCCUUGAGGAACUCGGCACCAAGAUGGCUGCGAAGAUGGCACCUGUUCCUGCCAAGAACACUGUAUCUUUUGGCAAGAAGAAGAGGUAG